CCCCAGUCAGUCCCGCUGUGGUAGGACAGCGCUAGCUUCCUGCUUUUAUGUUUCUGAUGCGAGUAUGGUCGCGGAGCCAGACCUGUGAUAUCAGUACUAACUCACUGUAACAGUUUCUGUCGGCACAAUUAAUGUCUCCUCGAUAAGAAUCGUCAUAGCCUUAAAUAUGCUAUAAAUCAUUGAAACGUAGGAGUGGACUGCUUGCAAUAACCUGAGUUUGACUGGGCUCCCACUGCUCUGGGUGCAGAUCUGAUGGGGUUUGGGGAGGACCUGUGGUGUCCCCAGGCCCACGCGGCCCUGAUGCGGCUGCAAGACUCAGAGCUACGUCUGAUGGAAGUGAUGAAGAAGUGGAUGAGCCAGCGGUCCAAGAGCGACCGGGAGUUCUCUGUUCAGCUGCAUCAGAUGGCUGCCAUGGUUGAGAAACUGGAGGGGCCCCAGCCUGGGGGAGGACUGGACUACAUCAGCCAGCUCAACCAGUCGUGGGGUGUACUGGUGGCUCAGACGGAGAGUUUGAGUCGUGUGAUGCGGCGGCAGUCUGAGGACCUGCAGGUUGGGCCUCUCAGCAAACUGACCCUGCUGAUCAGAGACAAGCAGCAGCUCAGGAAGACAUACGCAGAGCAGUGGAGCCAGCUCAGCCAGGAGCUCAGCAGGGUGACCCAGACAGAGCUGGAGAGGCUGAAGGCCAGCUACAGACAGCUGGUGAGGGAUGCAGCGCAGGCAAAGAGGAAGUACCAGGAGGCCAGUAAAGAUAAAGAGCGUGAGCGUGCGAGGGAGCGCUAUGUGAAGGCUACUCUGAGGCUCCAUGAGCUUCAUAAUGAGUAUGUGCUGUCAGUCAGAGCAGCCCAGGUGUACCAUCAGCACCACUACAGCCAGGCCCAACCUGCCCUGCUCAUGGCACUACAGAGGCUACAGCAGGAGAUGGUACUCGUACUGAAGGAGAUCCUGCAGGAGUACUAUGACAUGUCGAGUAUGCUCCAACAGGAGGUAGUAUCUGUCCACGAGGAGAUGUCUACUGCUCUGAAGGCCAUAGAGCCACACAGAGAGUACGAGAGCUUCAUCCAGCAGAACAGGUCUGUAGGGGAGGUUCCGGUGUGUGUGGAGUUUGACUCUGGUCUUCUGGAGAACACAGAUCGACUAAAGACUGGAGAGCUGGAACUAAAUGAGCUUACAGUGGAGGGGAUCCAACACAGGUUGACUGCAGUGGAAGAGGAACUGCUGUCUCUUGCUGGUAAUGUGGUUUCCCAACAGGCCGCAGUCAACCAGCUGGAGUUGGAGCUGGAGGCAGAGGAAGAGGGCAUCAAACGGGGUCAGAGGGUUUACCAGUUCAGUAAGAGGCAUGCGCUGGAGGAGAGCCGACAGCAGGUGAUGCUGUCCCUGGGAGCUAGAACCAGGCUGGAGGCCCAGAGGUUGCUGCUGAAGGGGAAGCUGGAAUGGCUGGGAUCCAGUGAACCCCCACCUGCCCUGGGGCUGGAAGAGGACCGUAUCUCCCUCUCCUCCAUCACCUCUAGUGAGAGGGACGGCCUCAGAAACCUCAGUGUGGACGGCGUCAUAAGCCACCUCAGCGGCCUGUUCAAACCCAAAUACACGGUGCCCCCUGCCCUGUCCCCAGUCCCAGAGGUAGAGCGCCCCCUGGAGCAGCAGAACUGGUACCACGGAGUCAUUCCCAGGCUGGAAGUCCAGGAGCUGCUGAGGAGUGAUGGAGACUUCCUGGUCAGACAGAGUCAGGGCAAACAGGAGUAUGUCCUCUCUGUCCACUGGGCUGGCUCUUGCAGGCACUUCCUUAUCCAGAGCACAGACAAUAUGUACCGCCUGGAUGGAGAGGGAUUCCACACCGUUCCCAUGCUGAUGAACCACCUGGUCUCGUCACACCAACACGUCACCAAGAGGUCCGACAUUGUCCUGAAGAGACCUGUCCUAAAGGACAAGUGGGUUCUGGAACACGAUGAUGUCAUCCUGGGGCAGAGCAUUGGCCGGGGUAACUUUGGGGAGGUGUACAGUGGCCGUCUGCUUUCUGAUAACACCCCUGUAGCUGUGAAAGCCUGCAGAGAGAACCUGGCCCCAGAACACAAGAACAGGUUCCUUAUGGAGGCCAGGAUCCUGAAGCAGUAUGACCAUCCUAACAUAGUGAAGCUGAUUGGUGUCUGCACACAGAAACAACCCAUCUAUAUCAUUAUGGAGCUGGUACAAGGGGGAGACUUCCUGUCCUUCCUGCGCUGUGAAGGUCACAACCUGAAGUCAAGUAUGCUGGUGAAAAUGGCAGAGAAUGUGGCAUCUGGCAUGGAGUAUCUGGAGAGCAAGAAAUGCAUCCACCGGGACCUGGCAGCCCGUAACUGUCUGGUGGGAGAACAGAGCAGGGUGAAGAUAAGUGACUUUGGGAUGUCUCGCGAGCAGCAGGACGGGGUCUACUCUGCCGCGGGGGGCCUCAAACAGAUCCCUAUCAAAUGGACAGCCCCCGAAGCCCUCAACUAUGGGAGGUACACCACGGAGAGUGACGUGUGGAGUUUUGGAGUUCUCCUAUGGGAGAUAUUCUCCAGGGGAGUCACCCCCUACACCAGCAUGACCAACCAGCAGACACGGGACGAGGUGGAGAAAGGAUACCGGAUGCUAGCCCCAAACUCCUGUCCUCCAGAUGUGUAUGCCAUUAUGUGUCGCUGCUGGCAGUACGACAGCAGGAACCGGCCGUCCUUCAGCAAACUCAGGACCGAACUCAGUGCUUUGUACCACAAAGUGUCCUUACUCAAGUGACUUGUUUGAUUCUCUUUUACCUUUUCAUAUGGAGUAGAUGUUGCCUUUAUUUAAUAUACAUUGAUUAUAGAGAACCAGAUGCUAUGUGAUCUUGAAUUGACCAUAUUUAAGUAGUGAUAAUCCACAAGGCUGUGAGCCCACAGGUAGUAUAAGUACACAGGACGUGUGUAUUGUAAACAUUAGUACCAUAUUCUACAAAUAGAAUAUUCUAUAUCUGGUGAAUGUUGCUAUUGUUUACUGUAUUACACUACUGUAAAUGUUCAAAUUUAAUGUUCCUAUUAUAUCAGCUUGAAAUAGUUGAUGGGAUCUUUUUCUCUGUUGUCUUGUCUUUUUUAUUAAACACUGAACAAAAAUGUGAACGCAA